GACAAAAGAAGCACAAGCAGUGGUUUUCAAGCCAGAAAUGCAUUGCUGUAAAAACACACCUAAGUGAGUGAGAGCUUGGUCGGGAGCCUGUGCCAAGUCAGCGCCACCUGUCUCUGACGGUCACAGGAGGAGUGAGCUGGAGCUGCUGCCGACACAGAGUCGGAGCAAGGGCGACAGGCCGCUGCGUGGUUCGUUUUUUUUACGGUGAGGACAGACCGGGGUUUUCGGGGGGCCCUUAAGCGGAAAGCAUGUCUGACGGAAAGACGGACACAGGCGGCGCCUCGGAGGUGAGAUGCCGCGACGCUCAAAACUCAGACCCGGAGGAGCAGGAGGAGGAGAAGCGCGAACGGGAAACGGAGGUCUCGGAGGAGGGCUCCGUUUCCCGGGAGAUCCCGUCGCUCCGGGAGCUGGAGGAGGUUUUACACUCAGCUCCGCGCUCCUGUCGCCACGGAGAUGAGGUGUGGCCGAACCUGUAUCUGGGAGACAUGGCUGUAGCACAAAACAGAAAGACAUUACAUAAGCUUGGCAUCACUCAUGUCCUGAACGCAGCGCACUCCAAGCAGGGCAGCAUCGGUGACCAGAGUUUUUACGGGAACACCUGUGUUUACUUUGGCAUCCCAGCAGAGGAUUCAGACCACUUUGACCUCAGUCAGUACUUCAAACCUGCAGCUGACUUCAUACAUAAAGCCCUGAAAAGCAAAGAUGGGAAAGUGCUGGUGCACUGCAUCAUGGGCAUGAGUCGAUCGGCCACUUUGGUUCUGGCCUACUUGAUGUUGCGGCAGCAUCUAUCUGUGAGAGAUGCUCUGAGGCAUGUCGUCCAAAAACGAGCCGUCUACCCAAACCGGAACUUCCUGUCCCUGCUCCUCAAGCUGGAUGAACAGCUGACUCUCAAACGAAGUAUGUCUCUUAGGGAGCCACCAUAUGAACCUCCAUCUGUCUCAGAGCUGCAGGAGUUCCUGCUAGCGGACAGACGACCUACUGGACAUGUCAAUCAAGUCUGGCCAAACCUUUACAUAGGCAACGAGGUGGCGGCUCGUGACAAGGGCACUCUCCACAGUCUGGGCAUUACUCACAUUGUAAAUGCUGCUCACGGACCCCCCAACCCGGGCCCCUGCCCCUAUUUCUACGUCAACACCGGCCCACGUUUCUACAGAGACAUGACAGUGGAUUAUUAUGGGGUGGAGGCUGAUGAUGCAAUAGAGUUCAUCCUCAGUCCGUUCUUCUACCCGACAGCACGAUACAUCAGAGCUGCACUGACCAUGGGAGGACGAGUGUUUGUCCACUGUCUGAUGGGUGUGAGCCGCUCUGCAACCUUAGUGCUGGCUUUCCUGAUGAUUGUUGAGGGCCUGAGGCUGCAGGAGGCAGUGGCUGCCGUCAGGCCGCACAGAGACAUCUGCCCCAACGCCGGCUUCCUGCAGCAGCUCCGCAGCCUCGACAUGAGCCUGGAGAGGGAGAGGAGACGGCGACAGGCCCAAACGAUUGGUCACUUAACCCAGGAGGAGGAAACACCAUCUCUGACAGAGCUGAGGCAAAUUCUCUGGACAAACAGGAAGCCAGUGGCACCUGUCAAUCAAGUCUGGCCGAACCUCUACAUCGGAGACGAGUCUGUGGCGCGAGAUAAGACCACACUCUCGUCUCUGGGUGUAACUCACAUACUGAAUGCUGCAGCAGGUCGAAACCGCAUCAACACGGGUCAGCAGUUCUACAGCGACCUUGAGUUGGAAUACCACGGUGUUGAAGCUGCAGACCAUCCGGAGUUUAACCUCCGACCUUUCUUCAGCCCGGCUGCACAGUUCAUAGACAGUGCUCUUCAGAAAAAUGGGAAGGUGUUUGUCCAUUGUGCCAUGGGUGUCAGUCGCUCUGGGGGGCUGGUUUUGGCGUAUCUGAUGAUCUGCCAGGGCCUGUCGUUAGUGGACGCCAUCAUGGCUGUGCGUCUGAACCGGGACAUUGGACCCAACUCAGGAUUUCUGGAGCAGCUGAGGCAGCUGGACCUGAGCCUCAGUUGACAGAGCAGAUGGAUCACGGA